GCGGUACGUCACAUCACGAGCGUGUUGGGAUAAAGAGGCUUCAACUGGGGAUUUAAACUGCUGUCUACUGUCUAGACGACUACAGAGGAAGCGAGGAAUUAAAUGCAUAGUUAUAUAUUCGACAUCUAUUCUUGGAUUCUGUACUGCGCUAGCCUAUUACUGGGCUGUGUUUUCAAAUCUGCUGUUCAUAGACAACCAUGGAAGAGAGGAAGCUAGCGUAGACUGUUAGCUGCGAGAAUCCAGAAGGCAAAUCCUUCCAAGAGUCACACCCUAAUAUUCACUGCGGGUGACUUACAGAUGCCCGGCCCUGCUUUUCUGUCUGGAUCACAGCGCGACUAUUUACUGUAAAGAUCUCUGUGCAAAAACAACUAAGAAGCAUCAAGAAAGUCAUGUAUGUCCGGUUUCGGUCUACUUUGUUGGGAGACAGAUAACGUUAGUCGGCUAGCUAGUGUGUGAUCAUCAUCACUCCUCUGGGCUUUUAGCAGAAGACUGAGGAAUAUGAGUUCACCGAUGUACACGUUUGUUUUGAGAGAUGAUAACAGUACUGUGUAUGCCGAGGCCGCCAAGAUCCUCAUCUCUACUGGAAAAUGGAAACGACUGAAGAAGGACAAUCCUCGGUUUAAUUUGAUGUUGGGAGAGAGAAAUCGGCUGCCUUUUGGACGUCUGGGUCAUGAACCAGGACUGAUGCAGCUGGUGAAUUAUUACAGAGGAGCCGAUAAACUGUGCCGCAAAGCUUCACUGGUCAAGAUUAUCAAGACCAGUCCAGAGUUAAAGGACUUUUGUAACUGGUUCCCUGAGUCUUACAUCAUAUACCCAACCAACCUCAACACCCCAGUUGCCCCGGCCACCAAUGGCAUCAGCCACAUGAAGAGCAACCCAAAGACAGAUGAGCGGGAGGUCUUCUUAGCUUCAUAUAACUCCAGAAAGGAAAGCGGAGAGGGAACGGUGUGGAUUGCCAAAUCAUCAGCAGGUGCCAAAGGUGCCGGUAUAUUGAUAUCUCAUGAUGCGAACCAGUUGCUUGAGUUCAUCGAUAAUCAAGGCCAAGUGCAUGUCAUUCAGAAGUAUCUGGAAAGACCACUGCUGUUGGAGCCGGACCAUCGUAAAUUUGAUAUAAGGAGUUGGGUGCUUGUAGACCAUCAGUAUAAUAUCUACUUGUACCGUGAGGGAGUGUUGAGGACGUCUUCUGAGCCCUACAACAGCUCGGAUCUGCAGGACAUGACCAGUCACCUGACCAAUCACUGCAUCCAGAAGGAGCAUUCGCAGAACUACGGCCGCUUUGAGGAGGGCAACGAGAUGUUCUUUGAUGAGUUCAGACUGUACCUGUUGACCACACACAGCGUUGCCAUGGAAACAUCUAUUUUACCUCAGAUCAAGCAUAUCAUCAGGAGCUGUCUCACAUGCAUCGAGCCAGCCAUCAGCACGAAGCACCUGUCCUACCAGAGCUUCCAGCUCUUCGGCUUCGACUUCAUGCUGGACGAAAGCUUUAAAGUCUGGCUAAUUGAGAUCAACGGGGCACCUGCCUGUGCACAGAAACUCUACCCUGAGCUGUGUCAAGGCAUCGUGGAUGUGGCCAUCUCCACAGUGUUCUCUCUGAGUGCAGAUGCCCUCUCGUCAUCUCCUCCGUUCUCCACUUCUCCAUCUCUAUCCUCCAACUCCUGCUCCUCACCCAAGAUCAGAGCGCCCCAUCACUUCGGCCCAUUCAUCAAACUAUAAAUUGCUGUUGCCAUGUAACCCCCUCCCCAUAGUCCUGCCCGAAAACUUCAACCAAUCUAGGAGGGAUAAGGGUCUACACCUGAUCUUGGGGCUGAGCAUACAGGGGAUUCAUCACUGUCUGAAAAGGACAGAAGGGAAAUGCGGUCACCUCUGUAAACUCCUCUUCCUGUUUCCAUCCAUCAUCUCGAAACCCAGAAGAGUCCAGAGAAAGAGCGCGAGUUUCCGAAAGAACGAUUGGAAGGUGAGGAAAAUCCUGCACAUACUGGUGUUGCAGUACCAGGAAACGUGAUUUGUUUUUAGACAAGUCAUUUGGGGCUUUAGCACUCAUAAAAGUGAUUUAAAGACAUGAAUUUGCAAGCACACAUUUGAAUGAGGAAGGUGAUGCCACUGAAGAGGAGGGUUUACGGUAGCUACUUUCCCCAUAGAUCUGUUGCGUCAACAAGACUCCUCAGGACUUUUCCAGGCACCUUGAUGAAAUGGAGAAGAGAUUUGAGACUUUAGUGCCUUACAUAUUCACCUAACUCCCAAAAAGCUUAUCUGGCUUUUUGUAUGUCUGUAUGUGUCCCAUCAACUCUAUUAUCUAUCAGAUUGUUCUGUGUUUUGUGCUGUUAGUUUCAGCUUCUCAGGUGCAUAUAAUGUAUGAUUUGCAGUGUAGUAGUGUACAUGGUUGUGAUGUCUACAAAACAGUAUUUGGUAGAAGUAGCAGAAGAUAACAUGUUUGCAUAUUUAUUUAAAAAAAAAUUUUUCGCAUCAUCUUGUUGCUAUUCUGUCCAGUGAGACCAUAUUUAGUCUUCCCACUGAUUCUGUUGCUGUUAAUACAGACACAUUUUAGGUCUGGUUCAUAAUUACUUUGUGGCAGGCAAUCAUGAACAUCUGGGAAUUGGGGACGCACUUCCUUCUGUUUGUAUUGUCAGGAGACAAACACAUGAGCAUUCACAACUCCAGUAGACAAAUGAUAUAUCGAAAUAUCCAUAAUUGUCUAUCAGUAUAGUUCACAAUUGUCAUUUCAUUCGUUCCCAGCUGUGUCGAGAAUUGAAUUAUUUCUGAAACAAGUAAACCUUUGGUGGACUGAAAUGUUGCAUGUCAAAGCAUGAUAAAAGCAAGGCUCUUUAUACAGACCUAGAGAAAGGUAGGGUUUUUAUGUUAAGAUGAAUGCAUCACUUCAACUCAUUUUAUACUGUUAAAUUUGUUUAUGCAUAAGAGUUGCACAGAUUUGUCUUGAUUUUUUAGCACCCAAUAUGGGAAUGGGAAUGGCUUUGCGAGUCACUGAAUAUCAUUUCUCCAUCAUUUCAUCUUGGUGUGCAUGCAGAUAUGACUGAGUUCCUUUGGUUCAUUGACAGCAAGCUCUGAAUGGAUCACCUGUACACUGUUAUGAUGACUGUGAUGCAAAUGACACACAGGCAAGUGGAUGUAGAAGAAGAAGAAAGCAGCAUUUAGGUGAUAUUAACCAUGUGGUAAUCAGACAUCAGUAUUGUUGUUUUGGGGGAAAAUGAAGGACUUCAGUUUAAGAUGGGGUUAAGCAGUAUUACAUCUCUUUGAAUCUAAAAGAGAAAGUAUUGAAGGAAAGGUCUGCCUAUAUGAACCAAUGAGAGGGUCAACAACAGUACGAAUAAGAGGAGAUCGGUUAUCUAGUUUUAUUAUGUAUCUUUGCAUUACUUUCAUAAGGUUUGUCAUAUUUUUACAUAGACUUUGCUGUCUUUGAAUUGGCUCUUUUGUAAAAAGAGAAAACUGAAGACAAUUGUAAGUAGCCUGAAUAAGGGAAAACAUGUCCAUCUAGCCAAAGAUGAGUGUGAUUAAAUAUCCUCACUGCUGUCUAGUGAACAUUACUGGUUUGAUUUAAGUUGUGAAAUGUGGGAAUGCUGUUUUAAUCAUGUUUUUCUCUGUAUCUGUUUGAAGAAAGAUCAUGUUAUUAGUAGUCUAGUUUGCUGUAUUCGUUAUUGUUGUUUUGACCAUUUGAAAAUGACAAAAUAUACUUUUACUAUGUUGAAUAGUAGAAGCCUAAAAGUAUUUAAGUUAUUCAAAUAAAAGCAUCCAUCA